CGGUGGUGUAACGGGCAGGAGGGCUGAACAAUCAUGGACGACGACGUGGCCGAGGAGCGACUCCUCGAGACCGUCCAGCGCGACCUCACGGCGCACGCAGCGGCCGUCCGCGUGGUCCUGACGCGGUUGGCCGAGCGCAUCUUGGCCCUCGAGGAGCUCGUGGAGGGCCCGCUGGGCAAGCUCCCACACGUUGUCGACGCGCUCGACGCGCGCGUGACGGCAAUGGGGUCGUCGCUCGAAGUCGCAAUCGACGACACGCGCAGUGCGAUACCGGACUACAGCGACCGGUUUGAAGUGCUCGACAAGCAGGUGGCGGGCCUCGCCGAGAGCGCCGGCGACAUGCACGCCGUCGCCAUGAUGCAGGUCUCGCGCAUCGCGUCCGAGACGGCCGGCGUCAAGAGCCUCAUCGGGACGCUCAACGAAGCCCAGCGCCGCGCGACCGUGGCGAUCCACGACGCGAUCCAGGGCGCGGUCGAAAACAUCCAAAUCGCCCGGGGCGCCGACAAGGAAGAGGUCAUGGAGAACAUUGCGGUCGUCCAAAAGACGUUUGCGGCCCAAGUCGAAGACAUUUACAAGCACGUGGACGACGUCAUGGCCAAACCGCCGCCGGUGGUCGUCUUGCAAGCAGCGCCCGAGCCACCGCGCCCGACGACGCCGAUUCGCCGCGUCGAGCCCGUCGUCAUUGCCUUCUCGCCCGAGAGGCCAGCAACACCCGCAUCAACGCCAACACCCGCACCGACGCCGACCCCGACACCCGCACCGACACCGACGCUCAAACCGACACUGACGCCCAAGCCAGUGUCCCGCCCGGCGACGCCGGCGACCGUCGAGCAUGAAGUCGAGUCGCCAGAGAAGAAGCCCGUGUCGGUACCGCCGUCCAGCAAAAUUCCCGUCGUCAUCCACGCCCGGCGGCGGGAAAAGGAGACGCGGCCGCCGGCGUCCAUGACAGACCUACCGCCGUACGCGCUCCCGCCAGACAUGAAGCACAAGAUCGAGCACAACGUGCGCGCGACGCUGGAUCCGCCAACUCCACUGCCGAUACCACCGGUGGUCGCUGCGCCGACGACAGUGCUCGUGCCCACACACGCACCAGCAAUAGCAGCAACGAGUCUUGUCCUAUCCCACGGGACACCAGACGGGCCAGGCGUCCCAGGGGAGUUCAAGGCGCAGCUACAUGCGUGCCAGAGUAGCGUCGAGAUGGUGUGCAGCUUGCUCGAGGUCACACGCAGCCAGGUCAAAAUGCGCCAAGACGAGAGCGACGCGGCGAUGGCCCGUGAGGUGCACGCGCUGCGCGCCAAGAUCAAGAAAGUGCGCGACGAGUUCCACCACAUUUUGCCGCUGCUCAAGCCGAUGCUGUAUGACUCCGACCUGCUCGCGACGCCAGAGUUGGAGCUCGGGCACAUUCCGUCCUUGCGCACGGCACUCUUGGAGCUCUCGCGCAACCUCAACGUCGUGCGGCAGACGCGCAAGCACAUGAGCAUGGACAUGCGCCGGACCAUCGACAAGAUCAUCGACGUCAUCAACGACGCCUACCACACCACGGCGGCGGGCCCGAUCGACGACAUGACCGUCCUGGCGCGACAAGUCGACAGGGUCGCCCGCGCGCUUGCGUUUGGCAUCCAGUCGACCGUUGGCGUGCUCACGACCGUCGACGCGGUCUCGACACGCGAGGUGGCGACAGCGAUCGAGUCGUUCUCCGAAAUCCUCACUGAGGGGCUUCACGACGGCAGCAGCGCCGAGAUGCUUCGGCAACACGUCUCGGCCCUUACGUCCGAGCUACACGAGGCCAAGCACGAGCUUCGCGCCGCCAUCUUGUCGCUGCAACACCGCCUCGAAGAGCCGCGGAGCAGCGAGAAGACGCUCAAGGCAGUGCACUCGCGGCACGAGAUCAACGACCGCGGGAAAGCUGUGCUCAUGCUCGAGCACGAGGUGAGCGCGCUCCGGGCGCAAAUGGACGCGCGCGACGAGACACUGCGGCGACUCAUGCAGGACCUCGAUGGCAAGGCCGACAAGCGGCAGCUCACUCGACUGCUUCAUCCCGAGGUAGCUGAGCUCACCAAGGUCCGCAAGCUGCCGCACGCGACCAAGCCCAAGCCAAAACCCCUCUCGACGGGCGUCCUGCGAAAAGCCCCGGCGCUCUCGGCCCUCUUUGUGGAGAACUCCAAGGCACCGGACAACGAGUCGCUCGCCCGGUCCAGUCCGGUCUCGCGCGAAUAGUUGUCGUAGACAGUAGAAAUAUUACAAUAUAUAUAGCGUUAAUUAGAGGGGGAUUUUGU